UAGAACACCUGUUCGAUUGAUUUCGAACGCGUGUUCGAACGAUCGAAUUCCAACGCGUUCUAUUCACAUUUGAAGAUCUCAACUGCUGUUUAUCGUACAUCGCAAAAGUUAACUUCUAGACCCUGAAAAGGCACAAAACGAAGAAAACAUGGCUAGCAUGAAAACCAUUGUUGCCUCAGCUUUAAUCUUGGUUAUGAUGAUUCUCAACCGCCCAGUCGAGGGGAGGAAGUGUUACAUGUGUGUGGGGAUCUGGGGAUACAAGAUUAUGGGAGACAGCGACUGUAUGUACCCGUACUGGUACGACAUGAAGACGUACGAGUGUCCCGGUGGCGAGCAGUACUGCUACGUCAAGUAUUCAUACAAGAGCUUAUCUUCUGACAAGGCUGCUGCCGUUGACCGUGGUUGCUCGGCGAUUCAGGUGAGCCACUCUUGCAGCAAGGGUGACGACCACUUCGAAACCUGCUACACCACUUGCAACAGCGAUGGCUGCAACGGCGCGUCCAAACCGGCAGGGGUCCUCGCUAUUAUCCUGCCGUUAGUCGUAACUGGGUUGGUCCAAGUCAUCAGGGGGUAACCUGACGGUUUCUAAGCCGGAUAACUGGGCAGAAAAAUACGUCGGAACGUAUAGAUUGAGAUGUAUGGAAAGUAUUUUGGACUUGAUCAAAUAAUGAAAGCUUGUUAUCAAUGUUGUACAUAGUUAUGCAUUUGGUGUUUAUUCUGCCUUAGAUAUUCAAUAUACUCAGUCAAAUAACAUUUCGUUCAAUUUGUUGAUGAUGAAAAUGUUAACAAACUGUUUUGAUAUGAAAGCAAUUCAUAUUUGUUCAUAUUGAGCAAUCAGUCUUUAAUGAAAUAGUUGUUCGAUUGAUUUGGGGGACCUAUUGAAAGAAACACUUAAAAAACUAUCAUUAUUUAUAUUGGUAAAUGCAACCUAUCCUUCGUACAUGACAACGAUAAGGUAAUUAAAUUCUCAGUUGUACAGUGUAAAUAUAUGCCGUCUAUUUAAGAACAUUGUAAUGCAACAUGGUACACCAGAAUGCAUUAGAAUAUAAGAUAGUUAAUAUGCUAUUAAACAUGGUCACUGUGCAUUUAAUUUGUUCUAAAACUUUAAUAUGGGCAUCAAAUUAUCGCUCGUUUGAAAAGUUAAAGAAAAAAUGAUUUUCGCAAAGGUGGAAGAUAAAUCCAUCUGUACAUUC